AUAUUCUGAAGAAGAGCUUCUUUUGAAGCAUUUUAGCUAACCCUCAGUUGAUUGUUUAUAAAAAUGAACAAGUUCGAAGCGUAAGUAAACGUUUUUUUACUGUUAGAAAAUGACUUUGUGCUAGUUCAGGUGGCUUUUCGUUACCCACAAAAUUAUUGAUCCUUUUUUGGCCAAAAACAGUCUUAAGUUUGACGAUUCAAAUAAUGGCGAUAGUACUGAUGACAAGGAGGACGACGAAUUCGAACCAAGAAACAUGAAGGUAAGCUUUUUGUGCGUAAGUGUGUUGGAAACUUUGUGGGUUUGGUGAAUAAUAUGAUUGAAUGUCAUCAGUUAGUAUGAUGAUCAGGGGCUGGAUGUUCGUGUAGAAGUCCUUGUCAGCGCUUGUUCCCGUGGGGUUUUAUCUAAGUGCAAGGUAGAACUGAUCGUAACGUAAAAGUAGACCAUGGUACGUAAACUCAUUGCGGUAGGCUCAAACUGAUGAUCAAUAGAGGAAUGAUGUUACGAUCAUGGUACCAUACAAUAUACUUUUGCACUUUUCCACUGACAGUGAGACAACUAUUGAAGGGGUUAUUGAAAAAUUUCCACCAAGGGAUCCUAUUGCCAAUUACAUGUUUUAGUUCAAAUCACUAAUUAAAAUCUGAAUUGAGAAGCAUGUCUGGUUUGGCUUUUAAAACUUUGCAAAGCUACCCAAGGUUUUGCUGAGAGUUUGGAAUACAGUUUGCAUUAAUUAGGGUAUUAAUGAAGAGUUUGUUAUGUUAUGUGCUUGAAAAUGGUUUCAAAACAGUUUUGUGUUGAUGAUCUGCUUAGCUUAUCAUGAUUGUAGUGAUUUUGUACAAUGUCAUUACGAAACAAGAGAACGUGCUAUUAAGAUUGACAUUUUUAAAGGCGUGUCACCUAGAUGUGAUUUUCGUUAAGUACUCUGACAGAUAUAGGUUUAUAUUAUAUGUAAAGAGAAAUAAAUCGAGAAAAAGGUUUAAGCGAACUGUUCUUCAGUUGAUACGGAAGAAGUAACCCAGGCCAAACAACAGUUGGGAGCCCCAUGAGGAACCAUGUCAAAAAUACUUGAUCUUUCUUGGAACAAGGAACGAGACACAGUCUGUGUAAAAGUCCUAUCUGAACAAGUGAAGUUGACAAAGCAAGGAAUCCUAGUCAAACUGGCAACAAUUUAUGAUCCCCCGGGACUCAUCUCACCAAAAACACUUUGUGGCAAGCUCAUUUAUCGGUCUGUUUGUAAUAAAAAGAGAGCAUGGGACACAGAACUAUCACGCGACAUGGCGAAGGCCUGGGUGAAGUGGGAGGGCAGUUUGCCACAAAGCUUUGAAGUGCCAAGAUCGCUUGCCCUUCAUUGAAAAGAGAUUGAGGGGGUUAAGCUACAUUCCUUUGGAGGUGCCAGUGCAAAUGGAGUUGCAGCCUGUGUUUAUGCUGUCAUUCAUCAGGCAGCCAGGAUAAACCAAGGUCUGAUUGCUUUAAGGUUAAGACUCUCCAAACAAGGCCUGACUAUUCUGCAGCUUGACCUCAUAGCCAUAUAGCCAUGAACCUGAUAACCAACAUAAAGAGGCUCUUGAAGGAUUACCCUUAACAAGCAUGCACUGUUGGCUGGACAGUUCAGUUGCCUUGUAUUGGAUUAGGGGGCAAGGGGAGCACAAGCAGUUUGUGUUGAAAUUGUGUCCAGGAGAUAAACGGUCAUCAUGGUGUCAAAUGGUGUUAUGUCCCUACCGCAGAGAACCCAGCUGAUCUCAGAAGUUGUGGAGGCUGUCUAGAAGAAGCAGAUCAGUGGUGGCACAGGCCCAACAGGCUUGCAAACUAAGAGAAUUUGUCAGCCAAAGCUAAAUUUGUUUGGAAAGUCCUGGCAGUGGCAGUUGACGAAGAGGAUGAGGUCAAGAAUGUAUUAUGCAGAUGUCAUAUAUGGAAAGCUGUAUGUGUGUGUGCGUGGAUGAGAAGAUUCGCACUCAACACUCUUUGCAGUUGAGGAAGAAUGUACAUUAAGGAACCACUGACAACUAAAGAAACAAACCAGCUGAGACUUCAUUGGGAAAGGCAGGCUCAAAAGAGUGGUGAAGUUGAAAAGGAUAGAGAGGUGUUGAACUUGUACUUAAAUCAGGAAGGCCUAUUGGAGUCUCAGGGCCGAUUGCAAGGAGAUUACCCAGUGUAUUUACCAGAAACCAGUCUAUAUUCCCAGCGAAUUGUUAAAGCCCACCUUCAAACCUUGCAUGGGGGAGUGGGGCUAAUGAUGAUCAAAGCUCGAAACUGAUACUGGAUCCCUAAGUUGAGGAAGCUGGUGAAGAAAGUUUGCCCAAAGUGCCAUGGAUGCAAAAGAUUUCAAGCAAUGGCAAAGGCUACCCCACCACCUGGAUGCCUUCCAACCACCCAUUCUGAAGGCAUUAACCCAUUCCAAGUGAUAGGAGUCAACUAUGCUGGUCCACUGCAACAUCGCAUAUCAAGACAAGGAGAAAGAAAGGCUUAUGUUCUGUUAUAUGCCUGCAGUGUUAUGUGGGGGGUCUACUUGGAUAUCUUGCCAAGUUUGGAAACAGAAGAGUGCUUGAGGAGUUUGAAAAAGUUCAUUGGGAGGCAAGGGAGACCAGAGCAAAUCUAUUCUGGCAAUGGCAGAACAUUUGUUGGUGCUGCGAAGUGGGUCAGGGAAUAGUAAUGUACUGCUCACUGUAUUGAUACAGCUGACCUUUGCAAACAAGCCAAGCACUUGUUUAAGUGUAAGGAGGCAGUGUGGUGACGUUUGUCAAAAGAGUAAGUGUACAGCCUUUGCAAGAAACACUGUGCUUAAGCAACUGCUCAAGGAAAUACACCGAGAAGGGAUGCGGCUGUUGCAGUGUGCCUACACAUACAGAACAUUGUUCAAGAUGAAGAGUGAUCUGAAGCUGAUAACUAUUUCAGCUGGACUGAACUUUCAUAUGAUAUCAAGAACUGUUACAAGUUUCAUUAAGAAGCUAGGGGGUAACUAUAUAACUUUUGAGGCAUUUCUUUACUGUAUUGCUAAAUUAACAGACUGCAUACAUGUACUUUGUAUUCAACAGACCAGGAGUGAUGAAAGCAUCAAUGGAGAAGGGAUUAGCGAGGAGGAAGAGAGAAGAAUUAAAUUGCAAGCUGAGGUAUUUUUAAAUAGAAACACACUCGACCAAGGCUUGAAAUAAAUUUUUCUUUCCACUGCUUCUUUGCUCCUAAAAAAUUUAACACUGGUGGUUGGUUGUAAAGAAGUUGUUUAAGCUAGAAUUAAUUUUUUUUAAGAGAAGAAAAAAACUUUUUACCUUUCAUUUUAAUAUAAUUUUUAUAGACCCUUAGAACUCUGAAUUUUCACUGUAAUUUUUCAAGGAAAUUUAUCAUAUUUUCAAGAAUUUCAUUUAUGAUUCGUUUUGCUAAAGACCACUUCAAUAACAUUUUAAGUCAUUUGGCCCAUGUCAAAGUCUAGGGGGAAUUAAGUUGUUUCAAUUUUUGGUUUCUCUUGUACCUAUGUACUGUAGUACAGCAUUUAAUUAGUUGCUUCUUCAUAAUUUCCUUCUCUGUUAAGUAAAUUGAAAAGUCACGAGUAGUGUCUGACCAAUCAAUUAACAAUUGACGGUUCAUUUGACUCAUGCCAGUAAAAUGAAUGGAAAGUAAGUAAAAAGUUUCAUGUUUAAUUGUCCAGGUAAGCUCUGUAAAGUGACAAUUUGUGUCAUCUCUCUUUCUGUCCUCAAUUCGGGCAAGAAAUUUUUAAUUUGUAGAUUUGGGGCAAUAUGACUUUGUUGAGGAACAAUGUGAUUAUAUUUGUUAAUGUUCUGACUAAAACUUGGAACUAACUGAUGUGACAGAAGUGAUGGAAAAUCUAGUGAACUGGUUGUUAGUGAAAUGAGUUGUAGGCAAAACCACCGCAAUUCAAGAGGAGACCCACAGUUGAACCUGUAUUAAGUAGCACUUUAUUAAGUAGUCAUCCUGUACUGAGUUCAAUUGGCCUGUUUCCAUUGUUCUCCAACUGUAUUGAAUAGUCACUUCAAGCAGGUUGGUCUCCUGCAUCAAUGUUAGUGGUAUUUUUGAACAAGUCCAGUAAAUUAGGGCUUAAAAUGCGGUGUUAUUGUUUUUUGUAAUACCCCUAUUCUGUGGAACCUGUAUUGACUGGUCAACUUGUAUUUAGCGGUCAUCCUGCUAUUCCCAGUGGGUGACCACUUUAUGCAGGUGCAACUGUAUAGCGUAAAUUAUUCAAAUUAGUUGAUUUUAUUUAACCAACUUGAAACUUGGUUUACCAGGUUUUGAAGGAGGAAGAUCACUCAGUCAAUGUUGUACAACAACCAUUUUUUAUGUGAAAGAAUGGUAUAUUUGUAGAUUGAAUAAGAGAGAUGGUUAGUUUUGAGCUUGGUAAAGGAACAGAGAAAGAUCUUCUUUGUCUUGUCACGAGCAUAGGACAAAGAAAAACUUCUGAGUCCCCUGAGGAAUUGAACCUCAGGCCUUCGGAUUCCGCGCUCUAAUGCUCUACCACUGAGCUAUAAAGACUAUGUUGAGCAAGGGUUUGUAGGAUGAAGAUCACUUAGUCAAUGUUGUUCAACAGCCAUAUUUAAUAUUUAAGAACAGUAUCUUUGUAAAUCCUCACAGAAGGUAAGUCAGCCUUAAACAGAGUUAUUAUUUCCUAGCUUGAGAACAAAAUUGUGACUGUUGGUGAAGGAGAGCAUCCCCUGCAGUGUCCUCAUGCUUUUUGGUUUUCACGAAGAGCACCAGGAAAACUUCAGUCUUCUGCUAAUUAUGCUGACAAUAUAAAGUUGGUUGGAAAGUUUGCAUCUGUAAGUUUUCUAUUUCCUACCAUUAGGUUAUAAAAAUAUGUGACAAAAUUUGAAAUGAAAUUAAUUAUUAAUAUUUGCUUUACUUGUUUGGGAAUGUAGCAUUAAUGUUAUCAGUAUGGGUUCGGAAAGGAAAUGCUAUUGUCUGCUCUUCAUGAAUUAUGAACAUUACAAGGAAUUGGAUAUCCAUAUAACAGUUAUUGUUAGCUACAUGUACCUUGGAUAAUUACACAAUUUUAUGAACAUUAAAUUCUUGUGAUAACAGAUCCCAUAUUAGUCUUAACUAUGAUCUUGUGGUUGUCUAAAUAUUUUUGCAGAUAUGAGAUGAAACAGAUACAAAACCCAAUCAUAUAGUACAUGUAAUUAUUAUACACUAAUUUACAGUUAAAAAAGUAGGCAUUGACUGUGUAAUUUUUGUCAUAUUGUUUACCUCAGAAAUGUACCAUCAAAAUGUUUAAUACCUUCAUUUUUAUCCACAGGUUGAACAGUUUUGGAGAUUUUAUAGCUACUUAGUAAGGCCUGGGGAUUUAUCUGGUCAUAGUGAUAUUCACCUUUUUAAGGAUGGCAUUAAACCAAUGUGGGAGGUAAGUCCAUCAGAUUUAACAUUUGGUGAAAUUUAUUUGCUGUUUUUUCCACAAAGUUAAUGAUAUUUCUUUUCCUUUACAUGUGAAAAUUAUCUCAGCCAUUGCAGCUUUGAUUGACAGGAAUUUAAGAGAUGUUCUCAAGUACCACAAUUUUAAUUGAUCAGAUGUAAAUGCAAACAAGAACAUAUUUCCCUUAAGAUUAUUCCCCUUUUUCUCUGGAAGGUUCACUGCAAUGUAACAGCUGAGAAUAGCAAAAAAAUGAAAAUACAGCAGAUUUCUAUUCAUUACCAACAAGGGGGUUUUGGUCCAAAUAUGAUUCCAAAAUUUUCAAAUCAACAGCAAGACUACAUUUUAGGAAUAGAUAAACAAAGAAAAUUAUGAAAAUAGGUUUGUUUUGGAUGUCUUCUUAAUGAUAGACAAUAUUGUAAUGCUUAUUUCCUUGAGGUGUUGAGGGACAUUGAGAUAGACAACUAUCGGGCAGUGUUUUGAAGGAAUCAAAUGUUGGAUAAGUGUUAGUGGAUAAAGCUAAGAUUUGUCACCUUGUUAAAGAAUACAAAAACUCAAGGCCUUGUUCACUGCAGUUUACUCUUUGGUUAUGACAUAAUAGGCUUUUAUGAUGAAAAUUAAAAUACACCCAUACAAGUUACUGUAUAUUGUGUGUCAUUAUACAUCUGAUUACUUGCUGUUCGAACAGUUUCCUAUUUUCCUAAAGUUUAGAACAGUACGUUGUAUAACACUGGAUCUGAAUUUGUUAAGAUGUGGCAAUGUGAAUGUUUAUCGGAAUUUGUGUUUAUAACCUACACGUACCACAACUCAUGAUAAGAAUGACAAGUGAUUAUAACACAGAUAAUUUACUUUGAGUAAGUCUUAGUAAAAGUGGGUUUUAGUUCAUUUUUUCUAAAUUUCUUUUUGCAAACUGUAAACAGGUAAAUAACAAAUUACUAUGAAUAAAAUUAUAUAACACUUGGUAAGUGUGAGCAUAAUAUGACCCCUUCCCUUUAGAUAUUGCACAUUAAAUGUUUUUCCAGGUACAUGUGAUGAAACACAAUGCUCCUUCAAGGGAAAUGGAGGCCAAAGUAAUGGCAAGGGUGAAAAAAAAUUAUGCAUGAAGUACUUGUCAGACAAGUGUGUUAAUCAUUUUGUUGACAGUGUUGAUGUCCUUUUUGCAGGAUGAAGCUAACAAAUAUGGAGGAAAGUGGAUAGUUAGACUGAGGAAAGGACUAGCUUCAAGAUGCUGGGAGAAUCUUGUAGGUUAAGUUCACUUUUUUUAAAAUUUUUCUGCACUUCUUAAAUCAUUAUCAUAAAAAUUUAACUCUUAAAACCAACUUUGCUUCUCCACACAUACAACACCUCUUAAGUUUGAGUUAAAACAUUUCUUCAAGUUAUUCAAUCUGUAUAAAUUCUCUAAACUAAUUUUUUUAUAUUUUGAUGGUACAACAUAUGGAAACUGGCAAAACCAGUUUUUAAUUGUUACCAUUUUGCUAGUAGUCAAGUUUUCUCACUGAAAGAACUAAUAGUAAUUGUUUAAUAGAAAAAUGUUAUAAUUGUAGAUUCUGGCUAUGCUUGGGGAGCAGUUUAUGGUUGGAAGUGAAGUUUGUGGAGCAGUGAUAUCUGUACGAUUUCAGGUACUGGCAUUGACUGAUAAUGAUGACAUUAAUGAUGACCCUGUGUGUUACAAGUCAAUUUGUGAUUUCAGAUGAAAUUGUAAUUUUGCUCUUUAUUAAUAUAGUCAAUAGCACUUUAUUCAUCUGAUACAUCCCUUACUAUAUGUCAUAAUUACUUUUCAUAACAUAUUGAAACAUAGCUCAACUUAAAAUUCACAGGUACAAUACACUACUUAUGUUACUGAAAAUGUGUUUAACAUUUACACCACCAAAAAAACUACUUGAACACCUGUAGAUUUGGCACAGAAAUACACAUGGACCAUCACCUGAUAUUUUUUCUUAGUACCAUAGAUGAAAAUUGCAUAGUCAUUCUCGCAUCACUGCCAUUAGCCUCUGUUUCUUUGUAUUCACUCUUUUAAUUCUGGCCAAAAAAAAAUUGAAAUAAUUCACUUGUUGAUCUGCAAGUCUGAGGUUGGGCAUGACAAUAUUAUUUGUUGUUAUAUGAAAAUUAUUGAAAUUGUUUCGACCUUCUGUAGGAAGAUAUAAUCUCAAUAUGGAACCGAAAUGCAGCUGAUCAAGCUACAACUACUCGAAUAAGGUAACAUUGGAUAUAGAGUGUUUUUUGUGUUUGAGUUCAUUUCAGAAAGUAAAGUGCAAGUGAGAAAAUAUAUAUCAUAACAAACAUUUGCAAGUUGGAAUCGUGUCUCCAAAACAUUUCAAGGAAACUUUUUGGGUGCAAAAAGUUAAUUAUACCUGACAGCUGAGACAGGAGACGCUGUUGUGUCAGCAACCGGCAAGCGCUUUUUCCGGAACUGCCUACGUCACGUCGAAUUGUUUUUAAAAUUGUAUUAUUGACCAGUCCAGCUACAUACAUGUGGUUUCUAGAUGUAGGUGACGUAGUCUCUUCGCACGGUCGCCCCAAACUCUAUCGUCCCUCAAGUGAAGUUCCGUUACCCCUUAGUAUGGUUGCGUCGCACCCAAGUUUAUAGCUAAGUUUAAACGUAUUUUUACACAAGUUUUGAAGCUUGGAAAACCUUAAACCAACAAUCGUUACAGAAGAAGAUCAGAAGAUUAAGUCAGUUUAACUUAGGAACUUAGCAGUUGCAGCGUUACGAUCUUUGGUUGAAGGUUUUGAUACACGGGCCGACGAAACUCCAAGCUUUUGCAAGUGGCAAAAUGCGUUUAAAACCCUCAAGUUGGGUAAGAAGCAAAAUACUUCGGGGCGACGUAGUAGUAGUAAGGGUUACAUUUGUAAUAUAACGCCCCCGAGAAUAUGUCGUUCUUAUUUGAACGAGGAGAAGGAGAAACCAAACAGGAAUAGGCGCUCAUCUUCUCGGUUUCGUUCCUUUCGAGAAUGGGCCAUAAGCAUGGGGUGUUUAUGAAAAAGAUGCAUAAAAUGCGUGAAAUGUAAUUUGGUAAGAAAUUUAUCUUAGAUUUUGGCAGUACAUUUGAAGGUUAACUGAUAACAUAACGUUGUUUCUCUAUUGUGCACUGAAUAAGGUGAAUGUUUGCGUUAUUGUAGGGACACACUCAAGAGGGUUUUGAAUCUGCCACAAAACACAAUCAUGGAGUACAAGGCCCAUCAAAGCAGUUUGAAGUAAGGCGUUAUCACUACUUAUCCUCCACCAACACAACCGGCAAGAACUAAAUAAGCAUCAUGAACACCUUCACGCAUAAAGUAUACCCGUAAUAUGAAUUUUAAUUCAAACACCACCUUAAAGCUUUAGUUAAUAAGGUGUGAGCAAGUGACGAAAAUGUGGAGACAUGCAAUUGUCAACUUGAUGGCCUCUGUAGAGCCUUCCCGUCCCCUCAGUUGGCCUCUGUAGAGCCUUCCCGUCCCCUCAGUUGGCCUCUGUAGAGCCUUCCCGUCCCCUCAGUUGGCCUCUGUAGAGCCUUCCCGUCCCCUCAGUUGGCCUCUGUAGAGCCUUCCCGUCCCCUCAGUUGGCCUCUGUAGAGCCUUCCCGUCCCCUCAGUUGGCCUCUGUAGAGCCUUCCCGUCCCCUCGGUUGGCCUCUGUAGAGCCUUCCCGUCCCCUCGGUUGGCCUCUGUAGAGCCUUCCCGUCCCCUCGGUUGGCCUCUGUAGAGCCUUCCCGUCCCCUCGGUUGGCCUCUGUAGAGCCUUCCCGUCCCCUCGGUUGGCCUCUGUAGAGCCUUCCCGUCCCCUCGGUUGGCCUCUGUAGAGCCUUCCCGUCCCCUCGGUUGGCCUCUGUAGAGCCUUCCCGUCCCCUCGGUUGGCCUCUGUAGAGCCUUCCCGUCCCCUCGGUUGGCCUCUGUAGAGCCUUCCCGUCCCCUCGGUUGGCCUUUGUAGAACCUUCCCGUCCCCGGCCUCAGUCAUGUCCAUGCUUAAUUUUCUUCCCUUUCAUUAGUCAACACCCCUCCACGUGACCUGCCACUAACUUCAUAAGGUCCUGCCUGUAAACAUAAGUUUGCUCAGGUGGAGUGCCGUCUAAAUGAAUUUUGUUGCAAAUAGGAUUGUGCCCGUGCAUUGUGCGUAGCGGCUGGGGCUAAAAUGUGCCUGAGCCGGGCCCCGAACAUAAUUUUGCCGGCGAACAUAAACUUGAUUAUUUUAUCAACCAUAGUCUUCAUAUCAGGAACUGCUUUGGUUUCUUUUGAGAUAUAUUGAACGUCAUUUUCAGCAGUAUUCAGUGACUUUCCUUCAAAACGUAGCGUGCGGCAUUAUUUCCAAUAUUGUUGCACAACUUGAUGUCCUAGCUUUUUACAUAAUCUUAUCUUUAGUAAUCUCCCCAACCGUUUUUCUCUUUUUGAAUAAAAUUGGAUUCACGAAUUAUUUUGAAUCAAUUACUCAAAUGAAUUCUUCAAAUGAUGUUGUGAAGUACUUAAUUAACUCCCUAAUCUCAAUUUUGUUUAUUUCUAGGGAUAACUCAAGUUUUAGAAAUACAGAUGUCUUUAUGAGAUGAAUUUCUACAGCCUACAUGUUUGAAAAAUAAAAUAUUCCUUGAUGAAUUGCAAAUGAGUACGUUCCUGUUCGGAGUUAUGG